AACAUUGAUAAUCAACUGUUAAUGUUUUUUUAAUUAUUAUUGUAAUUUUGAAGAUAAUUUUAAUGGUUUUAUUUUAAGAACUUUUAAUUUUAUUUAUUUUUAUACUAUUUAUUUAUCACCUCUUAGAAUAUUUUGCAUUUAUAUAUAUUUUUAUUAAAUUUUUUUAAAUAGAAUGGAUCUAAGUUCAAAAAUUAUUAAUGAUUAUGUGACAUUAAGAACCCUUCUUCCCAAAACAAUUGAAAAGUGUCAAAGUAUCAAUGAUGGGGAAUUAAAUAGUCAAGUAGUAUAUUUGGAAAAACAUUAUUCAUCACAUUUUUCAAAUAUUAUAAGUUGCAUGCAAACAUUACAAUCAUCCAGUUAUGUUGAGAAAGGAUCAAUAGAUCUAAUGAAAAAUUUAAAAAACAAUUUAGAAAAAAAUAAACAAUUGGUUGAAUUUCAUGAAAAAAACCUUGAAAAUUAUGAUGUUAAACUUAAAAAUUUUGAAAUUUUAUAAUUAAUUAAAACUUACGUUAUACAAAUAAAUUUUGUUUAAAUAUAACAUUUCAUUAGUUAA